AUGUCAACCGAAUCUAAUGAUGAGGGAUCGUUGCAUCUUCAAAUCCCUACUUCGCUUUCAGAUGAAGCCAUUGCAAGGCAAUUGGCUUUUGACAGAAUCAUUAACAAAAUAGGAAUGGGAAAAUUUCAAAAACAAUUGUUGGUUC